AUGUCUCUGAAAAAACAAACCAAUCUGAGUAAUGAUAGGACUUACAAGAAACAGUUGCAUGGAGCUUUGUUAGUUUCAUUAAGCUACUUAGAGAUAGAUGACAAUGGCUAUCAGGUUUGUGAGAUGACAUUUGAAAACACUUCAAAGAAGGACCUAACUGUCAAUACAACUGAAUUGACCACCGCCAAGUCCAAGGCAGACGAAGAAGAAUCAGGAUGGCUACCGAAAUUCUUUAGACUGUCGGGAAACCCCGAGGAACUGACAGAGUUGGUUACGCUGACUGAGGACGAGCUGAUUACCUUAUUCUUGGGACAUGUACAGUUGUUUGGAUACGUUGUUUUAAACUAUAGGAUUCCAAUUGACACCACCUCAUUAGACAUGAAUCGACAUGAACAGUGGUGGAACAAUGUGGAAUACUUGAACCAGUACUGGCAUAAGGAAGACGAAGAAGAGAAAGGAAAAGAUCCACACAUUGUCGUUGAGAAUACUCCCUUUGUCAAACAACAACUUGAAUCAAAAUUGGCCAUUGGCGGCUACUUGGGUGGGGUCAAUGAUUUGCUCGUCCACGAGAACAACUCAAAGCCUUUCAAUGUGAAUCCAACAUUACUACAUGAUUUAAUCAAUGUAUUUGAUUCGUAUCCCAAAACUAAAUCUGUGCUUCCGCAGCAAGAUAUGACUGAUUCCAUUUUGCCAAUAUAUACAACACCGCAAUCGCUUUUAUUCUCCGAUUUGACAAUUCCAAAAAACUCCUCCAAAUCGUUUAAAUUCAGUGUUCCUGUUAAUGAGAAGUUACCACCUAGUUACAACACCAGACUGACCGGUCCAGCCUGUGACCAGGGAUGGGUCAGUAUCAGAUACUCACUUGUUAUGAGUUUGCAUGAAAACAGUAUUGUUGAACCAGCAAAAUCAAUUUACUUCCCACUCAACAUUGUUCCACACAGAUAUGUAUCUAAUAAGGUGUUACAGAGGUAUUAUUUUGAAGAGGCAUUGGGGUUGGACAAGACUUGGACCAUAAAGGGUCUAGAUGAUGAGACUGCGAACCUGCUCACAGUGAGUAAUUCCUCGGCAAAAGCUGAUUUUUUAAAGGAUCUUUCAGACUUGAUUGACUCAGAUGUAUACAAUAUGCCAAAGGUCUCAACAACUGAGAGAAGGAGGAGUAGUGUAAAAAAUGCACUGACACACAUUUCGGAUGAGAGUUUGUACACAGCUCAGCUUCCAUCAAAUUUGAAAACGCUGUACCAGUUGAAAGUCAACGAAGACGAGGUGUGUAAGAUUUCUAUAUCCAAGCCAUACUACCAUAUCGGCGAGGACAUUCACUUUAAAAUUGAAAUGAAUUUAAAUGAUAAGGAGUCGCAAAUUAUCGGAUUGAUUGCGUACUUGGAGGCUCAUGAAACAUAUCACUUGAAGGACGAAGGAAAGAAUAUCGUCAACAAGUACGAAGUUUCGGGAAAUAUAAAGAUCAAUACCUUGGCAACAAUCUUGAAUAAUCAGAAAGGUGCCAAGAGUACAGUUGACCAGUUUAUCAACAUACCCAAAUUCUUGACGCCCCAGUUCCAGAGCAAGUCGUUUAUGGAUUUAACAUAUUGGUUAAAUUUCCAAUUAAAUCUUGCCAAGUUAUCCGAAGAAGAUGUCGGUGUAAGUGACCUUGUUUUCAAGUCUAAUACAUUUCUACGAUCCGAUGCUGUUGGAAACACUCAACAUUUCAAGGUACCCAUUCACAUAAUAAGCUCACCCUACGAGUGA